UCAGUCCACAGGCUGAUGCUCUAUCUACUGAGCCAAACCAGCUAGAGCUCACAUUAUGUCUUUAUUAAUUGUGCAAACUGGGAAGCUGAUAGUUAUAGAAAUUAGAAAGCUUGUAUUUUCUGCAUUUGAAUACCAAGGUUGCCAUGAUUGUUUUACGUAUUCUGUUCAUUUGUUUCUUACCUACUCAAUGACAUUGACUGUGUUUCUUCACAGAAACUUGCAGGGAAAUGCUAUUUCUUACAUCGGAAAAGACACAUGGAAGUCAUAUCAUUUGGUUGAGAAACUAAAUCUCAGUGGGAAUAAUUUGAGAGAAUUACGUAAAGAAUCAUUUGAAGGCCUGCAUUCCCUCCAAUAUUUGGACUUGUCCUGCAAUAAAAUAGAAUUUAUAGAAAGAAACACAUUUGAAUCAUUACCUCUUUUACAGUAUAUAAAUCUUGGUUGUAAUUUAAUCACAAAAGUGAACUUUGGAACAUUUCAGACCUGGCAUGGAAUGCAGCUAUUACAUAAGUUAAUUCUCCACCACAAUCCCCUGAUGAUGAUUCAAGACCCAUAUCUUUUUAAUUUGCCAUCGUUGAACUAUUUAGACCUAGGAACAACACAGGUGACAUAUACAACACUUGAUGACAUUCUCAUUGCGACUCCUGAAUUAGAAAAACUUAUCUUACCUACACAUUUGGGCUGCUGCCUCUGCCAAUUUAAACAGGAUAUUGAGGCUGUCACCAAGUCAGUCAAACUGCAUUGUGAUACGGAAUGUAGGGCCAACACACCUUGUGAUGAAGAACUCUUAAUAGAAGGAAUGCUCAUGAAAGUAUUACAAGGCCGGCAGAACACCAGCACUGAGCUGACAAUUGAGCCAGAGAAGGCACCCUCAAACAAAAAGAGUGACACUUCCUCAUCCCUUAUGAGUGAGCAGCUAGACUUUAAAGAUAAAAGUGAUGUUUUUAGUGCACUAAGUUACCUGUUGCCUUAUUUCUUGGAGGGAAAUCUAGAAAAUAUAGAAUCAACUUUAUUACCAUUUAUUAAAUUCCCUCUUUUGAAUGUACAUGAUGCAGAUAUGCCCCUGAAUCAUUUGAAAAACAACAGAGGGAAUCCCUCUCUUUAACCUGAACUUAACCAUUCAAGUUUCAAAAAUUAACCAAGGAAACUCUAUUUUCUGGCAUAGGCUUUGUGAUGAAACUGCUCACUGAGCAGCAGGAAGUAAAGGUGCCCAACUCAGAAUGGGAUUCGGAACAAU